AUGCUUAAUAUUUUUACUGAAGGUACUGAUUGGUUUAAAGAACAAUAUUUGAUUCAUCAUUUAAAAUCAAAAGAUCAUCAAAAAGCACAAGAAAUUGAAACAUGUACUCAAUUAACUAUUCAUAAAAGUAUUAGAAAACCUUUGUUAACAGAAAAAUUAAAA